GACACAGGGUCCCAAUUAAUUAAAAUUUUCUCAGUAAUUUAAAAUUAAGUAAAAAACAAUAUCAAUUGUUUGAGUUACAGUAAGUAUAAAACAACCUCGCCAGUUUCAGUUAUUCAGAAUAUAUAUCCAAUGUUGCGGACCCUGACUAUUAACCUUACAAAAUGCCGGCGUACUAGUUAUGCUGAUUCAUUUAUUAGUAAAUACCGUCGGUAUGGUUCCGGGACGAUAGAGACCGAAAAAAAACCAAAGCCAAGUAAAAUAGUUAAGGCCAUGGCCAUGGACAAGUCAAAUUUCCUGCUGCCAAACAACCAGAGAUUUGUGGAGCUGGAGAGCUCCCAGGCCUUCAAUAAUCUGACUAAUCAGGAAAAGUUGUAUGCUCAUUAUUUGAGUCAGGCUGCAUGGAAUGGAGGCCUAAUAGUCCUGAUGCAGACAAGUCCGGAGUCUCCAAGGAUUUUCUCCCUACUGCACAGGGUCUUCCUUGGCGAGCCACUGGAGGAUCUGAAAAAGUCUGCCUUAGCAGCUGGUGCUACUGAGGAAGAUUUCCAAGCCUUCCUCGUGUACGCGGGCGGCAUUUUCGCCAAUAGCGGCAACUACAAAGGCUUCGGCGACACCAAGUUCAUACCAAACCUCCCCAAAGAAUCCUUCGAGAUCAUCGUCAAGGCCUCCAAAGCUUAUGAGAAUGACAACACGCAUAUAACCAAGCUGUGGCAUAACACGCAGAAUGCUAUAUACAGCUUGGCGCCUAGGCUGACGAGUUUGGGCUUAGCUGAUAAGGGUGUCACCACAUACUUCUCCAGCAACUGCACGAAAGAGGACUCGGACCUGGUCAACGAGUGGAUGAAGACCAAACGCAUCGAAGCUUACAUCUGCCGGACGUUCAAAACCACCGCCGAGGAUGGACUACCCCUCUACACCAUCCGCUACGCCAGCGUCGACACGACCCCCCUAUCAACUACCCCCGAAAAAUACAAGAACGCCUACUUCAUCGAAUCCCGAGGCGACUAUUCCCCCCUCCUAGCGCUCGCCACUGAACACCUGAACACGGCCAUCACGCACGCCGCCAACGAGAAUGAGAAAAACAUGCUGAAACAUUAUGUGAAGAGCUUCACUGAAGGAAGUUUAGAUGAACAUAAGGAGGGCAGCCGGUACUGGAUCAGGAAUAAGGGGCCUAUUAUUGAGACAUACCAAGGUUUCAUAGAAACUUACCGCGACCCGGCCGGGCAGCGCGGCGAGUUCGAAGGCUUCGUGGCCAUGGUCAACAAGGAGAUGUCCAAGAAGUUUGGCGCCCUAGUCGAUGGAGCCGAGAGGUUCAUAGAGCUGCUGCCGUGGGGCUCCGACCUGGAGAAGGACACGUUCCUGAGGCCCGACUUCACCAGCCUGGACGUGCUCGCCUUCUCGGGCAGCGGCAUCCCCGCCGGCAUCAACAUACCCAACUACGACGAGAUCCGUCAAAACGAGGGCUUCAAAAACGUAUCUCUCGGCAACGUGAUCCCCGCCGCGUACAAGGAGUCCGUCAUUCCCUUCCUCAGUGACGCCGACAAGCAGCUGCUAGAGAAAUACAGAGUGCCCGCCUUUGAGGUGCAAGUGGGGUUGCACGAGCUGCUCGGCCACGGCAGCGGCAAGCUGCUGCGACAGAACGCGGACGGCACCUUCAACUUCGACAAGGAGAAAGUCAACAAUCCGCUCACUGGCAAGCCGAUCUCGUCGUGGUACACGGAGGGCGAGACGUACGACAGCAAGUUCACGACGCUCGGCUCCGCCUUCGAGGAGUGCCGCGCCGAGGCCGUCGGCCUCUACCUGUCGCUAGUGCCCGAGAUACUCGAGGUAUUCGGGUAUUCCGGUGAAGAGGCGCAGAACGUGACGUACGUGAAUUGGCUUAGCUUGCUGUGGAACGGCGCCGCCAAGGCCACGGAAAUGUACCAACCCUCCACUGGCACCUGGCUACAAGCACACGCGCGCGCCCGCUUCGUACUGAUGCGGCUUUUAGAACUGGAAGGCAACGGGCUGCUCACCGUCGCCGAGGCCCAGCCCGGCCGCGACCUGCUGCUGACGCUGCAGAGGGACCGCCUCGCCACCGACGGCAAGAGAAUCAUCGGCGACUUCCUAGUGAAGCUACAGACCCUGAAGGCGACAGGCGACGCCGCAGGCGCCGAGAGCCUGUUCGACAAGUACAGCCGCCUCGACGAGCCCUGGGGCCGGUGGAGGGACAUCGUGAUGCUGCACAAACAGCCCCGGAACAUCUUCGUGCAACCGAAUACUGUUCACAAAGGUGACGAGGUGGAGCUGCGCCGCUACCCGGCCAGCGCCGAGGGCAUGGUGCGCUCGUGGCUGGAGCGGUUCCCGUCGGCCUCCGUCUCCGACCUGCUCGAGCAGCUCGCCGAGGCCGACAAGCCCCACUUCACCGACGUCACCCUGCUACAUGACAGUUAAAUGUUCAUUCUAAUCCGUCUAGUGUAAUCUCGGAUGGAUACGGUGUGGCGAAGUUUGAACUAAGGUGCGUUGGGGUGUCUUCGAAAGUGGGGUAAUUUUGAAAAUGGCAAAUCUGCCCUGCUAAGCCAAAGAGCGCUAACUUAUACUUUAGUUUCUAUUACUAAGAAUUCCAUUUUCAAAAUAAUUUGAUUUUGAGAUAGCGCUAUUCGGUUUAGGAGGACAGAAAUAUCUAUAAAAUCAGAAGCACUUCUUACUCUAGCAACAGUUACGCUAAAACAACGCUUACUAAAGCGAUCUUGUUGGCUGUUGCUUCAGUAGAAAAUGCUUUUUACUAAGUAGAUAUUUGUCAUUUUCAAAACUAUCCCGCUUUUGAAGGUAUCCCAAUGCAGAGGGUCUAUCGCGAACAUCGAAGUUCGCAAAUUGCGGGCAUCUUUCUCUGUCACUCUAAUUACGCCCUAAUUGGAGUAAAAGAGAAAGAUGCCCGCUAUUUGCGAACUUCGAUGUUCACGGUAGGCCCUUACUUUUUAUAAUGCAAUUGCAAAAACGCUUCAAAUAUUGCGAUUGUCAAAAAUAAACACUCUCGGAGUUUGUGUUCGUCAUUUUAUUAGCCUCACAUAAGGGUAACACUAUCGGUGUUAAUAAGGAGGGCAAUACAAAUUUGCAUUUUGACAUUAAAAUGAUGUGAUUUUCUAAUUUUGUUAUGAUUUGCUCGUGCGUCUCGCUCGCGCCAAUACAUGUACGGACAAGUACACGUAAAUGACAUCAUUUAGAUAUCAAAAUAUAAAUUUGAAUUGGACUUGAGGGCGAUUUCUAAUUGCAUUGUUAUUGUGCUAGUACCUACGGCAUUUAACUAUAACCGACGAAAGUUACAAUAUGAGGAUCAUGAGCUGGAACUCCUAUUAAGUAUAUC